CUGGAAAGUCUUCAAACUAUCUAUCAACCUGGCAGUUUUCAGUGCAAUAAGAACCCAUUUCAUCCAAUAUGGCACCAAUUCUCAAUACUUCAUUCGCUAUCCCAAAAGGAUCAACCAUUCUUGUCACUGGUGUCAACGGUUUCAUUGGUUCCCAUGUAGCCAAUGAAUUUCUACAGCGCGGAUACCAAGUCCGAGGAACUGCUCGUGACAUUUCGAAAGCCGCAUGGAUCAAAGACUUGUUCCAUCAGCAAUACGGCAAAGACAACUUCUCACUUUGGCCUGUUGCUGAUUUGACUUCUCCUCAUGCUUUUGACAAGGUGAUAAGAGGCGUUGCAGCAGUAGUUCAUGUCGCUUCACCACUAGGCCUCGACUCCGGCACUGGGACCAUGAUACCCGAUGCAGUCGCUAGCGCAGUAAAUGCUUUGGAAGCAGCCAACAGUGAGCCAAGUGUAAAGCGCUUUGUAUACACCAGCUCUUCGACCGCAGCAGUUUUUCCCGAGGCAGAAGUACCGGUUAUUGUGGAUUCGAAUACCUGGAACGACAAGGCACUUUCAAUCCUACAGAACUCAGCCUCGGCGCCUGAAUGGUAUGUUGCGUAUGCCGCUAGCAAGGUUGAGGCGGAGCGAGCCGUAUGGGACUUUUAUCAUAAUGAUGUGACGCGUCGUUCAGAUCUGGUGGUCAACACAGUACUUCCCAGCACAAACUUUGGCAAAAGCCUAGAUUGGAAGCAUCAGGGAUACCCAUCAACAUCAGGAUUCAUCAGGACUUUAUGGAGUGGCACUGCUCUCGAUUCACUGACCAAUGCCUCACCUCAAUAUUUUAUCGAUGUACAAGAUGAUGCCAAGCUUCACGUUGCGGCCACCCUGUUGCCCGAUGUACAAGGGGAAAGGAUCUUCCCUUGGGCAGAAACGUGGAAUCUAGACCAAAUCCUAGCCAUUCUACGGGCGCAGAACCCCGACAGAACUUUUGUCAAAGACUUCCAGGCCAUGCGAUAUCUGGCAGACAUCGAAAUGCCGAGGCUAAGGUGCAUUCAACUCUUGCAGGCGCUGGGUGAACUUGGCUUCACAUCUUUGGAGGAGAGCAUUCGGCUGAAUAGUGAGGACUUGGCUCGAGCUGCCUGA